GCAGGCUGGGCUCCCUGGGAACAGAUCAGCUGCUCCCAGGAGGGAUACAGCUUUAUCUUUUCUCAGUGAGCGUGUUCCCAUGGAACCUGGUGGAAGUGCAUCUCCGCUGCAAAGGGAAGAGGCUUACGCAGGUCAGCAGCUGCUUUGCUUAUAGCACCUGCUGCCUUGUGCAGAAGCAGCUCAUUAAAAACUUUCCUUACUGAAGCAGCAAGUCCUGAAUGUCGUUGACUUCAUCAAAUUGCACUUCCUACACACUCUGGUGGAAAUUUUGGUAUAAGCCAUAGCCAAUGGAAUAAUACUACAAAAAGUAUUUGCUCACUUGGGAAUAUAUUCUCUUUCAUAAUUAAUUUCUAAUUUGUGUAGGUCUAUGCAUGGUAAAAAAAUAAGAAAAUAGGCAAAGAAGCUUGCGAAGCCACACAGCAGCAGAUAGAGGCAUCAUGGUAGGAACACUCAUAAAUGAAGUUGGUUUUCAAAAGUUUGUUUGUCUUACACCAGGUAGGUGCUGGCAGAGUGGUGAAAUGAAUAAACAUUCUGUCAGAUGCUGCUACAAGCAAACCCUGAACACUGUGUGUAAGCCAGACAAGGUUUACAAGCUCCUGGUGCAUAGAACAUCCUACUCAUAAUUUUGAGCCAAUGGCAAGAGACACUUGAACAAGAUACCAAAGUAAUUUUUGUAUUGGUAGAGCCUGUGAACAUGUGAAAGAAAUACUUUCACUUCUGUUAUACUGAAGGGAGCUGCAAGGUAAGAAUGUCCGCGUGCUUCUUGCUUUAUUCGUAGUGAUGGACUGUCUAACAGCAUGGCUUUGGGACAGGAAGGAAAGGAAGAGUUCUGGGGAGCACCAGAAAUUAUAACUGUCAGCUCUCAUCCGAUUUCGGCUUCCAACGGAAUGUAUCAGUCUGUUCGUAACUAGUGAAAAGUGCAAGCUCCUAGCUGUGAAUCAACCGGUAGAGGUAAGCGUGUUUACUAUACAGGACUUGCUAAAGGGAGGUUCCUCUUAGUUUUCCUCCAUGGAAUUCCCCCUGAGUCUUUAACUUUUCUACAGCAACUGAUCUGGCUCAUUUCCUCCUUUCUGGUAUCACUUUCUAUAAGCCCUGGGCAGGGAUAGCAGCUCUUCUCACUUUUGGGUUCUGGAUCCAGAGUGACAGAGCAGGAACUGUCCAGCUAUCUAAGGAGAGCUGAGAUACUGUCUUGAAAAAAGUCUCUGCGCAAAUGUACUUUUUCUGCCAAAAAAGCUUAUAGGCAAGGUGUCUGCUUUAUUCCAUGUGGCUGCUGGGAUGGGAGAGCCAGGCACAGCUGUGAUACACCAGGCGAUACUGGAUCUGAAAAGGCAAAUUCUGCUCUCAAAUCACAACUCUGACACCUGCAGGACAGCACGUUAUGAGUCUGCCUGAACUCGGCUGUCUCCAGCACAAGACAGCAAGGGACAAAUCAUGGAUUCAGCACUUCUGUCUGAGAAUGGCUAUCUUGAUUUGCUGCACAGUGACAUUGAUCUGUUGCAUCUGUAUGCUGUCCUUGAUCCAAAGUCAUCUGGAAACGAAGAUGAUGUCUUCUCUGCAGAUCCUGAAGUUGAUGCCAGCAAUAACGAUCAGGUCAAUAAUAUGGAUUUCCCAUAUACACUGGAAAAUGGUGAAAAUGGGGAUGAAUUCUAUCACUGUUCCAACACCAGAGAUGCUUACGCAAGAAUAGCUGAAUUAGCAGAAUAUGUGCUCAAAGAUCAUCAGGAGAAGCUGAUAGAAGAUGCCUUUGCAGGGAACCUUAUUUGGGAUGAAAUAACUGCUGAAAACACUGAGAAAUUUACUGACAUAAAGAUGCAGAAAUGUCACAAACGACCCUUCUUAGGCUCUGCAGAGAGUUGCUCUGAAGCCUCAGAACCCAAAUACAAGAAAAUUGUGGAAGGACCUGCAGUGCCUGCAGGGAAUGGCGGUUUCUUAACUAUGCCUCUCAACAGCCAGCCAGCCAGCUCCGCCUCACUAACUAACCAGUACAUGUCCUUUUCUGUUCCUGCUGCCAAUGUGCUGGAAAGAAGUUUUGUAAUUCCUGGAUCGUCAACACCUUUGAUUCCAGAGUGUCUACCUGUCAGCACGGAAGGGAGCCAAGAGGACACAGACUUUGCAGAUCCUCCUCAGCAGAUACUUAACUUUGUUCUUGAAAGUGGCACAUCUGAUGUUAUAAUAUAUCCAGUGCUGACUUCUUCCAUGGAAACGCUGGUAUCCCCAAGUUUUCCAGUUAGCUUAUGUGGUUUGGAAAUGUUCAAAGAAGUCCGAGUUCCCCUAAUUCCUUCUGAAGAACCUCUCAAAAGACCAAAGCCAGUGGAAGAUUUCUGUGCAUCACUUAUGGAAUAUUUCCGAGAUGUGUGCAAGUCUGUGGCCAUGGAGCGUGAAGUAGCUCUUGAUCACCUGUUUAUUGAUGGGACACUUGUUCAGAGCCAAACUGAAACCAAGACUGGGAAGAACAGCAUAAAAGCAAUGGAAAAGGAGCUGGUAACUUGCAGUCUGCAAGGGAAGGAAAAAGCAGCUCUUACAAGAAGCCAAAUAUUUCAGAUCCCAGGAGGUAAAGACUUAGAGACUAAAGUGAUUGUGGUGCUGGGAAAAGCAGGAAUGGGCAAAAGCAUUCUUGUCCAGAAGAUCUGCCAGGACUGGUCCAGUGGAGAGCUUUCUCAGUUUGAAUUUGUAUUUUGGUUUGACUGCAAACAAAUAAGCGUGCCUGAGAAGCGAUACAGCUUGAAGGAUCUGCUGCUUGAUUUUUUUGUAAAACCUCAAGAGGGAAGCAAAGAGAUCUUCGAGUACAUAUUGCAAAAUCCUGCUAAAGUCCUCCUGGUUUUUGAUGGUUUUGAUGGGUUGCAUGAUCAUGAGAAUUUUCCCCGUUGCUCGGCCAGCCAUCCUGAAAAAGCCUUGUGCAGCGUCAAGGAGCUGCUUUCAGGACUCAUCCAAAAGAAGAUCCUCAAUGGUUGUACUUUAUUACUUACAGCAAGACCAAAAGACAAGGUGUACCAGUUUGUGUCCAAAGUGGAUAAGACCAUUGAAUUGGUAGGAUUUUCCCCUCAGCAGAGGGAAUUGUACAUAACCAAAUACUUUGAAGGAUUACCCUACCGUGAUAAUGCACUGAACUUAAUCAAGGAGCGUGAGUACCUGUUCAGUCAUUGUUACAGCCCUGUUAUGUGCAGAUUUGUUUGUUUUCUGUGUGAGACAGUACUUGAAACUGGAGACAAAAACCUUCCUUCAACUCUUACUACAGUCUUCCUGAAAUUUGUCCAGCAAAAGAUGAUGCCUAUGCAAACAGAUGUUACGGCCCUGCAAAAUCAAGAGAGUCUUGCUACACUAGCCCGUCUAGCCUGGCACCUUGGAGAAAAGCACCAAAGUGCCUUGAAAAGUGAUCUUCUUCCUUCUAAGGAAGUUAAAGAGUUUGCUCUGAAACAUGGAUUUUUCCUGCCAUUUGCAUUCCCCAACCAUUCAGAUACUGGAGAAGAGGAAUUUGGGAACACAUUCUCUGAUUUUGUCAUUCAGAAUUUCCUGGGUGCGCUUCACCUUAUAUUAGCAGAAGAGAUCAAGGAUAAAAGUCUAACAAAGUACCUAUCUUUUCCAUCCAAGAAGAAAAAACCUUAUAACUGGUUAGAUUUAGUGCCUCGAUUUUUGGCUGGACUGUUGUUCCUCCAGGAUGACCCCUGCUACUGCUGCCUUUCAAAUAAAGAUGUAAAACAAUCAACCAAGAAGCAGAAAACACUCUUGAAGUAUAUUAAAAGGCUGCAGAUAAAUGAGCUCUGUCCAGAGAGGUUACUUGAGCUCUUCCAUUGUAUUUAUGAAACACAAAGCAGUUACCUUUUUCAGCAUGUGGCCUUAAGGCUCAAGCCAGACCUGUCUUUUCUAGGUGUAGUUCUUACUCCACCUGAUGUCCAUGUACUGCACUCUGUUUUAAAAAGGUCAAGAAAAGAGUUUUCCUUGGAUUUGCGAAACAGCAGCAUUGACAUACAAGGGCUGAAAGACUUGAUUGGCCUAACGAAUGUGGCAUCGUUCAGGGCCUCCCUCAGUGAUACCCUCAGGCUCUGGAAAUCUUUAGAACAGACAAAAGACUAUGAACUGCUGAAAGCAUCAACAGAGAAGUUUGUUCUUGAUCCCUUUAAGGCAAAGACAAUGAAGGACAUCAGUGACCUUUCAGACCUGGUAGAGAUACAGGACAAGAUGAUCAAUUGUGUGCAAGAUGCAUCUGGUUGCAGCAGCUAUGAAAUUCCUGCCAUCAAAAACCUCAGAAAACUAGAAUUUGCGCUGGGUCCAGUAUGUGGCCUACAGGGAUUCCUAAAACUCGUGGAAAUUCUUGCAGCAUUUCCAUCACUUCAGCAUUUAGACCUUGAUGCUCUGAGUGAAAAUGGCAUAGGAGAUGAAGGAGCAAAGAGUCUAUCUGAAGUCUUUCCAACCCUGAAAUCACUGGAAACAUUAAACUUAUCACAGAAUAAGAUAACAGAUGUGGGUGCGGAGAAACUAGCUACAGCUCUUCCUUCGUUGUUGUCAUUAAAGACACUAAGCUUGUACAAUAAUAGCAUUUGUGAUUUUGGAGCAGAAAAUCUUGCGAAAGUUCUUCCUGCGAUGGCAUCUCUAAGAGUGCUGGAGGUUCAGUAUAACAAAAUCACUGGUGUUGGAGCCCAGCAGCUGACUGACAGCCUGCGCAAAUGUCCCCAUAUAAAGAACUUGGUGAUGUGGAAUCCCACCAUUCCCUAUGGAGUUCUCGAACACCUGCAGCAGCUGGACUCUAGGAUCAGUGUGUAGACUUGGAUGAUCCCAUAAAGGUAACAUGAAGAGGAGAAGGUGUCCUCUAUGUUUUCCUGUCCUCUUGCUGCUUUAUGAAUCGGUGGCUGAUUUUCAUGAUGGUAGCAGAAUGAAAAUAAGUCGCAUUUAAGCUUCUGGGUGAUGCUUGAAGUGAGUGAAUGAUGGAGUUCAAAAACUUUAGAGGUCAUUUAAAAUGCUAUUCCAACACCUCGUUGUGUUUCUGCUGAAGUGAGGAAGACUUAACCAAUAUGAAGUUUCAAAGAUGAAAAGAGCAUCUGGAUAUUGUGAUCACCAUUAAAGGUGACCAGAAAUCACCAGGAUAUUGAAAGUAUGAAAUUCCGUCAUCAGUUCAUCAAAGACCAGACUUCAAGCUUCUGGACCUGCAACAUCUGAUAUAGUGAGAGAUCAAAUAUACUUGUUUCAUGGUGCCAGUGGUUUGAUGAUUUUGGCCUUCCAAAGCUCAGUGUUCUGGAUUUCACCUGCCUGUCUGGACUGAUUUGAAGCAUUAAGGCCAGGAGCAUAAAAAAAGAAUAAUCAGUCUUAGAAAACAAUUUGAUAUUGUCAGAUUAUCUAUGAGGAUCUAGAAGUGGUUCUUUUCUUGACGUGAAUCACCAAUGCAGUCAUAAAGGAUAGAAAGAUAUUUUCUACGACUCUCUUGUUAUAGAAUCAUCGAAUCAUUUUGGUUGGAAGAGAUCCUCAAGAUCAUCGAGUCCGACCAUAACCCAACUCUAGCAUCCUUCAGAAAGAUUGGGAGUGGAAGAAAAAUGAAGUAAAUAGAAGAAAUUAAUUAAAGCUGGAAAACUGUUACGGAUUUUUCUGACAUUAUCACAGAAAUCUGAAUACAUACAAAUAGCUUCAGUUUAUUGCACAAAAAUCCUCAAAGUGACAGUCUUCAAAGGUUUUUACUCUGUCUCAAAUCAGGACUUCCAUUUUUUGUUCUUCAUUCACAUACUUGGAUUGGGAUUUAGUUCCUGGCUUGCAGGUGGCAACAUCUAUUUUAUACUUGACAGUGAAAUCACUGCUGUGUGUGGUUUACGUGGCCUUCUUUUACAGAGUUAUUCAUAACUAGGCAACGACAGACAAUAACGUAUUUCAAAGUAUUACCGUGUGUCUGCGCUGCUGGUCUCAGUGAUAUGUGGGCCAAACACCAGUCCUGCUGACUGCAGUAGCAAAACAAUGGUCUCCUUUUUUCAUCUUUUUUUUUUUCCUUUUUUAUUUCAGCUUUGUGAACAUUGAGAAAACUUGUAAUCAUACAGAGACAACUGUCAGGAAUGGUAUUCAGGCUACCUGUCCAGAUUUGGUCUGGAGGCAGAAAAACAAAAAAGGAUGGAAAAAGCUUGGAAUAUUCCAUAUGCCACAAAUUGGGAAGGGAGGUCUCUGCUUCAUGGUUAGCUCAGGGUUAGCUCAACAACCUCCUUGAAAUCUCUUCUGUUAGGAAGCGCUGACAAUACUAGAAUUUCCCAACUCACCCCUCAAAUACUCUGUUACUUGGUUUUCAAAAAGUCCUCAGUUUAAACAGUUCAAACCACCAAUCUUUAUGUUCUUUCCAGCAGAUUAUACUUCUCUGCUAAAGUUUCAGUGCCUGUGGAGUCCUGACAGCAGGGAGAUGGAAGGCAGACAAAUUAAGGAAGGAAGGAAGGAAGGUCUGGUUUGUUGUUUCUGUUAAUCAAAGGUGAGCAGGGAAGCACACCUAGUAUGUGCAAGUAGUAGUACAACAGAGCAAGGUGGAAAAACUCUGUGAGAGUAUGACUGUAAGUAGAAAGUGGUAUUUUUCUUAGCUAUCUGCCCGGUUCUUCUCUCUAGCCAAACUCUAGCGAGAGUCAUGGAAAAAAAAAUCUCAUUUACAUGCCCCUCUUUCAGCUGUGUGAAUGGAAGGUAUUUUGAGCCAAAUCUUGUGUGAUGUUCCCAUCAGCCCGUGGCACUUCAGCCGCGCAGAUCCGCUCUGAGCCCUUGUCUUCGCUUCCCUUAACUAGGCUUUGGAUGACACAUGCCCCUGUAGGGAUAUAUUCUGCAGCCACACUUCCCUGUGACCAUAUCUGAGAAUGUGCUAAAUAUUACACAGGCAGCUGAAUGUUACAGGACCCUGUCUGGACUGAUAAAAUCACAUUGCGUAAACUGCUGUUGUCUUUCUAUGAGUUAUUAGGAGAUGUAUGCUUAUAAUGUACAGAUUGUAAAUUGUGGUUGUCUUUAUACAUAAUUUUAAAGUAUUAAUAAAAGUAUAUCUUUUUACACUA